AUGAAAACUAACUUGGGAAAUUUGGGCCCUGUGAAGGGAAGUCAGCCUGUUAGAAGCUUUACCCUGACUGCAAAACACUGUUCUGUGUGUUCUUUCCUCAGCCUUCAGCCACCUGUGGAAGAUCCUGACCAGACUAGAGCAAAAAAGCGCAAAUCAGGUUACACUAUCUCUGAGGGUAAAGAGAAAGCUGAAGAAGUUUCUGCUGUGGUGAAGUUGCCAGCAAAGGCAACAAGUAAACGCCACGAGGCUUCAGUCAGCAAUGCCGCUUCAAUCACAGAGUCUGCAGAAAAGACUCAGUCCAUUUAUUCUGGCCCUUCAUCAAAAAGACCAACAAAUUCUACACUAGGAGGAGAAAUGCUACAAAUUGAUAAAAUGCCUUGUGGAACCAGUACUUGCUUGAAAAAGGAAACAAUACCCUUUUCUCACAAGACAUUUCCAUGUCUGAGCUCAAGCAGGAAGGGCAAACAACACAUCAAACCUACUUCAGGCAGCAUCCUAACAGUGAGGCCACCCAUUAAGGAGCGCGCUGUGCCAGAAUCCGUUACUUCAGAAGUCGGCAAAACGGGGAGGCUUUUCUGUACAGCUGAAGAGGAUGUUCAACGAGAAGAAAAGAUAAAAUACAAACAGCUUCUGGAACUGGUAAAGGAAAAAUAUCCUAGAAGCCGUCCUAACCCACCAGCGACAAGCUUCCACAACGUUCAAGUGAAGGAACCAGUGAAGACUGUGAGUCACCUGGAAGAACAAAAAUAUGGACAAGAUGUCCAUCCAAGUAUGACACUAAGGACCAAUAUCAAACGUGCGGAUGUUUGCAGCCUGCAGUGGUCUCCAAAAAGUGAUAAGAUCAGGUGCUACACACCAGCAGAAAAAUCUUAUGAACAGGGGAGACCAGUGAAACAAGCCAUUGCAGAGAAACAGCAUGGAUCUAAACUCUCAAAAGAGAAGUUAGUCCACUUAAAUAUGGCGCAUGUCCCAUCCAGAAAAUCUUCUGCCCUUGGUGUGGAAGAAAAUAAAUUGCCAAGCUCUGAAAAAACAAUAGAAUACUCUUCUCUGCUCACAGAGGCCAUGGAGAAAGACAUCAUUGCUGCAUUUAGCGAUGGUGAGCCAGAAGAGAUCAUGAGCAGUGCCUUCAAACUAAAAGUCACUCGUGAGGACAUCCACACAUUAAGGAACCUUUGCUGGCUAAAUGAUGAGGUCAUUAAUUUCUACAUGUGUCUUCUCAUGGAAAGAAGUAAGAAGGAAGGAUAUCCAUCAGUCCAUGCUUUUAGUACUUUCUUUUAUCCCAAACUGAUUUCUGAGGGCUACAGAGCAGUAAGAAGAUGGACCAAAGAUGUGGAUCUCUUCAAGAAGGACAUCAUCUUAGUGCCCAUUCACUUGAGAGUGCACUGGGCCCUAGUGGUCAUAGAUGUCAGAAAGAAGACUAUCAAAUACUUUGACUCAAUGGCACAAAAAGGGGACAAGAUUUGUGAAGCUUUGUUCCAAUACCUGCAAGAAGAAAGUCAGGAAAAAAGAAAUGUGGAGCUGACUUUGUCUGAGUGGACUCUUCACAGCAUGAAGUCAAACGAAAUCCCUCAGCAACGUAAUGGAAGCGACUGCGGGGUUUUUAUGUGCAAAUAUGCAGAUUAUAUCUCCAGAGACAAACGGAUCAACUUUACACAG